CAGAGGGGAAGCAGCAGCACCUCCCUAACUGCAGAAGCGAAGAAGGCGAGGGCCUUUCUGCUCUGCUCGAAGCGAGGCACAUUUAGUGCACAGGUUGUGCUGCUUGGCUGACCGACGGGAGGAAUGGCUGGCUUGAGGCUCGGCUCAAUGUGAGCGCUGCGGGCCUCUAUAUACACAUCUAUACUCUCUCUACCUCUGCGCUGCGCCGCCGCCCUUGGGCUGCCUCCCUGCUCGUGGACAUCUGCGGCUGGGACGAAGAACACCCGACCCACCCAAGUGUCCUCUCUCUCUCUCUCUCUCCGCGUACAUACGCCCAUUUGUGAUGCCUCCGUAUUGAGUGUAAGCGACCGCGGAGAGGAUGGCGCAGAAGAAGGUGGUGCAGCAGGUGCCGCCCGGCUCCUGGCUGACGUGGCCCGAGAGCGAGACGACCAAGCGCAACGUCAUCGACCUCUUCGACGGCCAUCUGCUGAGCGAGGGCCUCCCAUUGGUCCUCAAGAACGACCCCAAGGCCACACGGACGCAGCUCAACGAGUACGAGACAAUCAUACGCAACAUCCUGCGGCUGUUCCGGACUGGCGGCCCAGGCAGUGACGGGCCCAGCCGUGGCACAGUGGGUGAGAAGGAGUGCGGCCCUGUGUCGUAUGGCGGCCGUGUGGGGGGCUUCACGAGCGGCACGACGGUGUUUGACGAGAUUGUGCACAAGUACCGGCUGCAGGAGGACAACUGUUUGAACCAGUACGAGGACAUCGUCUACUCGCUCAUGGCCAUCGCACUCAGAGACUACCCCCCGACCAACGAGGUAGGUGGCUGUCAGCCAUCCAUCCACACACCAAACACACGGAGGGAGGAUGGGUAUGUGGUUGUUUGUGUGUGUUGGUUGGUUGUCAGACAACGCGUGCGAUGAAGGAGCGAGGGUUCAGUCGGCUGGAGGAGUAUGCGCUGUAUCGAUUCCACUGGAAGCUCUUCAAGAACUACCGCAGGUGGUGCCAGUACGUCGACGUCAGGCCCUUCCCCUGGGGCGAGAGCAAGGCCACCACUGCCAAGCCAGCCACCAAGGGCGCGGCCACCGGCACGCAGCAGGGUGCAUCGGGAGGUGCAUCGGGGUCCAUGGCAGCAUACCUGAAAGAGAAAGAGAAAAUGAGGAAAAACCCAAAGACAUCACUCAGUGAGUAGUGACACAGGACGCGCAUCGAAUGGAUGGCGGCAGCACAGUGUGUGUGUGUGUGUGUGGUUGGGUGGAUGUCUGCAGUGUUGAUGGCGCGUGAGGUGGCGUUGUGGAAGUUGAUGUGGGGCGAGUCAGCGAACCUGCGUCACUGCCCGGAGCUGCUGCUGUUUGUGUUCCACUGGAUGAUGAAGAGCUGGGACGACGUCGACCCCACCAAGAUGCCCACAUACGUCGAGACCAUCACACCGGUCAUCAACGAGUUCUGGGAAGAAAUGCGGUGAGUGCGUGUGCCGCAGUGACCACACAGACAGACAGACAGACAGACACCCGCCCAUUUGUGCGUGUUGUUCCAUCCAUCCAUCGAUCAGUCGUGCCUCUGGUGACCAUCCCGUCAAGAUGAACUACGAGGACUUCAACGAAAUAUUUCACAAGGCCCCGGUGGUGCACAGGUGGCUGGGCGGUGUGGGCGAGAGGGGCCGCGGCGGCACCUGGAGGGGCAACUUCAUGGAGAUGAUCAAGGCAGAGACCACCUCACACCAGUUCCUCAGCCUGCAGCCGCCUAAGGGACGGAAGAAGACCUACAUCGAGCAGAGGAGCUACCUGCACGUACGCACCGUAGCCAGCGAGACAGACAGACAGACAGAGAGACCUCGAGGCACCCAGACACAUGAGGGACGGACUGUUUGUGUUGUCCGGUCAGUUCUUCCGCACUUGGUGGCGGUACUAUCAGUUCAACCUGGUCACCCUGUUCAUCAGCCUGGCAUACGGAGCGCAGAACAGAGGUGUGUGCGUGCGUACGUGAGUUGGUUGGUGAUCCGUUCAUCGAUUCACACGCACACACACACUCGGUGUGCCUCCCUCCCUCGAACGAUCAGGAUGGGACGCGACAGGAUGGUGGGGCAUGGUCACCGUUUGCGCAGCCACAGGCAGUGCCGUGCGGGAGAUGUUUGACCUCUUCUUCUACUGGCUGGCGCCCAUACCCCUUCUCCAGCGGUGCUACGACGCCAUGGAAGGCAUGAAACGACUCAACUGGUGAGAAGAAACAAACAGAGACAUCGUGCCCACUACACCCAUCUCCCUCUCUCCCUCUGUGUGUGUGUAUGUGUAGGUGGGCGCGUCAGAUCAUGGCUGGCAUUCGGUGGGCGUUGUUCCUGGCGGCCGUGUACGUGAGCCGCAGCAGCCCUCUGGGGUGCAGCGACCCCGCCCUGCAGCCGUCGGGCUACGUCGGCGGGGCCUGCUUCAUGUUCUACGUCCUACACGGCCUCUCCUACUUCCUCAUACGCGUGCGCAAGACCCUGCCGUGCUGGCAGAACGGGCCGCCCACGUGGAACACACACGCGACUUUCCAGGGCAACGCUACCAUGCUCAGCGACGAAUACAAACACAUGGUGAGGGAGGGAGGGAGAGGGGGGAGGGGGGAGAAGGGAUGGAUGGAUGUGUGUGUGUGUGUGCGUGUGUGUGUGGCGCAGUUUGGGUAUGCCUUGUUCUGGAUGCCGGUGUUGUGUUUCAAAUGGUGGAUUGGCUACCACGUCUUCGUGCGGGCCUUCCUGGACCUCCUCUUGCCCAUGAACCAAAGUGGCAGCGACCCCAUCCGGUAGGCAAGCUGGCGGGCCGUGUGGCGCGUACCAUGUCAUGGAAUGUGUGUGUGCGUGUGUGUAGGUAUGACUUCCUGGGAUAUGAGAUCAACGACAGGGUGAAGGUGACUCUAUACGUCUUCUGGAUCUCGCCGUGCAUGGUGCUAUACUUCUACGACAUCAUGGUCAGCCCGGUCGUGGAUAGACAGACACUGGGAGGAGCCUCGCCACGUGCGUGUCUUCAUGUUGUGUGUGCAUUGGUCAGUUUUACUUCUCGGUGUUCCAAUCCUUCGUCAGCUGGUGCAUCGGGUGGUUCAGAGGGGUAGGUCGGUCGGCCAGGCCAUCAAUGCGCCCACGUGCCAUGUGUGUCCGUCGUGUGUCAGAUCGGCUUCAUCACCGACCUCUCGGUCAUCCAGAAGGUCUUCCCUCUACUGCCUUUGCAGGUACGUGUGUGCGACGACUGAAUGGCCGCACCAGCCCACACUCUCUGUUUGCUCUCAGUAUGACCGUGUGUUGUCUACUGAUGCGGGCGGGACCGUCCGCAAGCUCAAGCUGGCCACCACCUCCUCCCCCAAGACGCUCGGCUGGGACUGGCUCGUCAGCGUCAUCACCUGCAACAUGUGCUGCGGCGUGUUCCAGCGGAAAAUCCGGCGAAAGGUCAAACCCACAUCAUACUACAUGUGGGUGCGAAUGAGAUCUGUCCAUUCACAUGGAUGCGCACGGGAGCCGAUCGCCUGUCUGUCUGCCUGUGCCUUCUCUCUCUGUGUGUGUGGGGAAAUGAGCAGGUCUCACUCGCGCCCCCACUAUGCGCUUCCGCUGCGGGCCCCCUCCCGCACCUGCAGCCGUCAGUCGAAGGCUUCAUGCACCUCCAAGAAACGGGGCCCCCUCACCAAGAAGGCCACCUACUCGUCCCUGGCCUCUGACGGCACCGACAGCCUCACGACAGUCCUCCUGCGUCACGUCCCCGUCUCGCCACGCGCAUCGCACCUCAUGCGGACCACCGCCAACGGCAGCUCCACGGCACCGCGGCGAGGCCUGUCCUUGCUGCACGGACAGGCCUCCAAUGAGGGCGACAGCUCAGUGUCCCCCAAGGCAUCGACGGCCGACAAGACGCCGCCCAGUGAUGCUGGAGGUGGUGAUGGCACGGUCCCCCUUCUGCAGAAGAGCAGCACCUCAUCCAAGAGCCCGGGGGCUGUGGAGCAAGGUCAAGGGUCCGGGGUGUUCUCACCGGGUGGCGCGAGGCUGUCGAAGGGGGGCGGGUCGUCGGGCAGCGACAAGGGCAAGGGCAAGAGGGGCUUCUUUCUCAUGGACGGCAGUGGCAGCGGCUGGGUGUCCUGGUGGAUCCGGGAGAUAUCUGCCGUCUACGACCACGUCAUCCCCCCAGCCACGGUGGAGAACCAGAUAAGGAGGUUCGGCUUUCUGUGGAAUGAGGUGCUGGAGUCGUGGCGCGAGGAGGACCUCAUCGACAACACAGAGAGGUGCAAGCUGCAGUUCAACGAGCUGCCGGCCAUCCACUUCAAAGACCUCAGCGUAUGGACAGUGAACUGGUGGACGGCAGGUGGGCCAUGUCUCUCUCUCUCCUCUGUGUGUGUGUGGUUGUCAGGAUUUGAACAUGGCCUUCUCUGACUGUGAGGGUUCCAGCCUGCGUGUGUCGUGGGAUGCUUCCGACAUCCGCCACCCCGUGUGGGUCUACUGCGACGUCCUCAAGAGCUUCACCAGAGAAUGCGAGGCACAUCAGACACGCGUCAACGAGAUAUGGGAGAACCUCAGGGUGAGCGACCCACCCAGCACGACACACACCACCAACACACAGACCAGCACAUCAUGUGGUCUGGUAUGUCUGUCUCUCCCCCUCUCUCCGUUCCCAGGACCACCAUCGGUUCAGCAAGGAGUCCCACCACUAUCUCCACGAAGUUCUGAAGCUGCCCCCGCCCACUUCCACCCCAUCCCGCCUUCGUUGGCCAGGCCCCACGGUCAACCACAAGGCCAAGGCAUCGCUGCACCAGGUCGGGCACGACUUCGUCAAGAAGCUGUUCGGCAACACCAGGGCCGCCGUGGGUGACCCCCGGUCGGACAGCCACCAGUUGCUGCUGCGGAUGGCGCUUCUCGAGAUCUACGAGGCGCUGUGCCUGUACCUGACGCGAUUCUUCCCGGACGGACACACUCUUACCUUGCGGCUCAGCGCCGUCAUGCAACGGGUGAGUGGGCGCACCAUACACGGUGAUCUCCGCUGUCUCCAUACCUUCGUGUCAACUUUUCAGGUUGCGAGUCAUCCGUUCUGUCUGUGUCUGCUGAACCUGGCUGCCGUGAAAGACCUCCAGGCCACCCUGGCCACCACUUUCGCAGCGGCGCAGGGCGACAACGCGGCUGCGAUAGAGGAGAAUGGCGUCAGACUGCUCAAGGCGCUUCAGAAGAUGGCCCUGCCGGCGCUGUUCCACACGCCCGGUUCGUCCGUGCUGGCCUCCAAGGGCAUGAAGCAGCACUUCCCCGAGCUGGUGGACUUCCUAGAGGCCCUCAGCGAGACCACCGCCGCGCGACAGUCCCUCAAGUCGAUGGUGGCGAGCCCCCUCCUCUCCUCUCGUCCCCCCGAUCGCGACAACUCGUCCAAGGCCGACACGCCGGCGGUGUCGUCCACCCACCCCCACAGCGACCCCGCCUCGCCCCCAUGCUUCACCACCCCACACGGGACGCCCAGCUUCGGCAGCUCGAGACACACCACCAUGUGUGAGGACGACACACCGGCCUCCAGCAUACAGUCCAUCCGCGACCCCAGGGUGUCCGGCCCGUCUGCCGCCGCACACAGGAGGCAGAGGCCGCCACUGCCGCCUGGGGGUGUGGGUGGGGGGCCGGGGACCAUGUGGAUGAGGAUGGACUUGGCUGCUGAGGUGGCCUACUGCGACAAACUAUGGCGGCUGGAGGAGCUGCAGGAGGGCGUGUGCUCCAACGAUCAGCUGACGGUGUCGGAGGCGCUGAAGCCCUUCUUUCGACGCUCCAACCGGAUCCUCACAGCCAAGGGACACGUUCUUAAGACCGCACUCGCGCAGGCCAGGUACUUCCGAUUCAUGACACACACGCGGAGAAAGUUCUAGGCUGAAGUGAGAGUGUGUGUGCGUGUGUGUUGUAUGUGCAGGUUGAAGUAUUUCUCGAGCUCGCUGUUCAUGGAGAUGCCCGAGGCGCCCAGCGUGCAGCGGAUGGUGUCCAUGUGCACCUUCACACCCACAUACACGGAAGACGCCAUGCUCGACGCCAGCGUAACCACCACCCGACACACAUCCAUCCAUCCAUAUGUCUCUCUCUCUCUCUGUGUCCAUGUGUGUGUGGGUGUUGGGAUUCAGAUGUUGAACGAGAAGACCAUGGAGGGUGUGCGUCAGUUCGAUUUCCUCCGCACCAUGUACUGCCAGGAGUGGGCCAACUUCCUCGAGAGAAUGGACCCACAGGGGGUGCGCUACGACUGGUACCAACACAGCCUCGCACACAAGAACGUCCUCAGCAAGAGCACCAACAUCAUGGCCGCCAAGUCAGCAGCAACCAGAGCAGACAACUGACUAAGUGGCUGAUGCACAUGGGUGUCUGUCUGUCUGGUGUGCACACACAGGUUCGAGAAGGACAUAGAGGAGUGGGCAUCUGAACGCACACAGACCCUCUGGCGCACACUCAAGUCCGUCAUGUACUACGAACAGGCCUGCAGAAUGCUGGUCAGCACAGCACAGCACAGCACACACACCCUCUCCCCCCUGUGUUGUGUGUGUCACGUCACUGCAUUCUCUCUCCCCUCUGUGUCUUCUGUCUGUAGGCGUGGAUGGAGUUGCAGGAGCAGCGGGGCGAGACGGCCCACCUGUGCCACGACCGCAACAUGCUCUCCUUCGAGCAGAACGACCGGCUCAACUGGACGCUCGUGCCAGUGCAGCCGGACAGCCCCAAGAAGCUGCAGGUCUUCCUGCGGUACUGGGAACGGUGCCGCGAGCGCAGGAAGGUCCUCGACAACAGGCCCUACGACAACGACCCUGUUGCCAAGGUAAGACGACAGACAGACAGACAAUCCUUCUCUCUCUCUGUUGGUGAUGGAUCCGAUCCCUUCAUCUCAGGCCCUGGCCACUCUCCGUUUCCAGUACGUGUUGACGGCCCAGACGCUGGGCGACGACCUCAAGGCCCCUUCGUCCAACCGAGUGGCCACGCUGCGUGUGCGUUGCGUGACCGAGAUGUGCAAGCGCUACCCCAGCAUGCGUGUGGCGGCCAUCGAGAGCUGCGACAUCCGGCUACCCGGCUCCAACAAGCCCAAGAGCGUCAAGUGCUCGGUGCUCUACAAGUGGGACGUGGGGCAGCAGAAGCUCGUGAGGGUCUACAGGGUGGUCCUGGGGCUGCUCGAAGGCGCCUGUGGCGCCAGGUGAGUGUAGGAUGACCAUAACAGGACACACAUGUGCCGCGUGUCUGUCUGGGUGGCUUGUGACAGGAAUCCCAUUGUCGGCGAGGGCAAGAGUGAGAACCAGAACCAUGCGAUCAUCUUCACUCGCGGGGAGACCAUCCAGGCCAUCGACAUGAACCAAGAGAUGUACCUCGAGGAGGCCCUCAAGCUGCGGAACCUCCUGCAGGAAUUCGCCAAGGACACCAAGAUGGCCAUUAUGGGAUUCCGCGAGCACGCCUUCCUCCCCGGCGCAGUCACCCCCUCGUACCUCUCCAACGUGCAGCAGACGUGCUUCACGGCCUUCGACGCGCGCGCCUUCCACAUGCCGAUGCGCAUCCGGUUCCACUACGGCCACCCUGACGUGUUGGACCGCUACCUCGUCAAGACGAUGGGCGGCAUGAGCAGGGGCAGCGCCAUCAUCAAUGUGACGGAGGACGUCUACUGCGGCAUGAACUACGUGCAGAGGGGAUACUCGUCCGCACAAGUCGACUACAUCAUGGUAAGGAAGGAGACACCCAACAUCACAACACGACUACGGCCACUCACAUGGAUGGAUGGAUGCCCCCCAUCUGUCGCUCUAAUUUCGUGUGUGUGCAGUGUUCCAAGGGCUGGCCGAACGACCUCGAUCAGGUGGUGGCGUUUAUGCGGAAGAUAGCCACAGGCAGCGCCGAGGCGCAGGCGGCCAGCCGGGACGCCUACAGGAUGGCCUACGGGAUGGACUUCUUCCGCCUCUUGUCGCUCUUCGUGGCCUUCCCGGGGUGGAACAUCCUCAACCCGCUGGUCUUCCUGUCCAUCUGGCUCUUUAUGUAUGGUCGCAUAGUGCUCUCCGCCUUCUCAUGUAAGCGACCGACCGAGCAACGACGAGAGAGACACAUCGAUGGGAUGGGUAUGUGUGUGGGUGUGUGUCCAGCUGCGAUACCUGUGCUGCUGCAGCCCUUCCUGGUGUCGGAGGAGCUCAAUGCCGUCACCAUCAUGGACCGCGUGUGGCUGCUCCUCUUCGCCAUCUCGUACCUCAAGUACCCCACACACCAACACACACCACACACAACCACACGACGCCCAGGAAUCUCAUGGACGCGUGUGUGUGUGACCCCGUGCACCACAUCAGGUUCGGCGCCAUGGUAGCUCUAGAGGAGGGUCUUGCCGGCGGCAUCAGACACAUGUGGCACCACAUACGGGCUCUGUCGCCUCUCCAUUACACUUUCACAAGUGCGCCGCGCCCUCUGGCCGACCAGACGGACACAGAGAGACACACGAACGAACAGAUGGACACCCCCCGACUGACUGACUCUCUGUUGGUGUGCAGUUGGCACGUGGCUGGGCAGCUUUGACGAGACAGUGCUGUUCGGCCGUGCGAAGUACCAGAGUGCCGGGCGAGGGUUCAACAUCAACCACAAGACGUUCGUUCACCUGUGGAAGGCCUACUUCUACUCCCACUUCCAGCUGGCCAUGGAGCUGCUCCUGCUGCUCUUCUACCUACGCGUACGAGUCGAGUGUGCAUGCCAUGCGUAUCGUUUGUCGUCUGUCGAACAAUGAAUGCCAUCCCGCUCCCUCUGUGCGUGUUUGUGUGUGGUUGCCGAUUGAUUGCAGUUUCUGCAGGACUUGCAGCCGAUGGUGGCCAUUCGGUGCUGGUGGUUCAUCCUGGUGCCCGUGUCCUUCCUGUAUGUGCCGCAUCUCUACAACCCCAUGGGCCUUGCUUGGAGCAGACUCACAUCAGACUUCACCGGGUGGUCCAGAUGGCUCAGAUCGAACGUAAUCAGUGCAGUGCCCCCAUCCAUCCAUCCACCACACACAACGAAUGUGUCUCAUGUGUCUCGUGUGUGUGUGUGUGUGUGUGUGGUCAGAACAACCAUGACGUCGAGGAGAGCUGGUACGCCUGGUGGAAGCAGCAGAUGGAGUUCCGCAACGGCGCAUCCCCGCUCAACAAGAUCAUCAUCCUUACAAGAGAGCUGCGCUUCCUUCUGCUCGGGCUCUGCAUUGCCAAAGCCGCCAACUGGUGAGCCAGCCGGGCACACGCACACGCACUCCUACACACCUACACACAUGAGCCAUGGGUGUGGAUGCAGGCAUUGGUACCACUUGGUGACCUCCCCUGGUGGCGCAGGAUGGUCGUGGGCGUGGGAGAGCAUCAGGGAUCUCGUUGAGAGGAGCCCACUGCUGGCCCCUGCCGUGUUCACGGCGCUGGUGGUUUUGGUCAUGGGCCUGUCCACACACAACCAGGACUACCACCCCUCCCUGCACACGCGCAGGGGGCAGAUCGGGUUCAUGUCGGGCCUGUCCAACGCAGGCAGCCGGUUCUUCACCCUGCUGACCAGGAUCGGCGCCUUCGCCCUCAUCGUCUUGUUCCUCUACAACCUGAUCACCGACACGACUUACCGGUUGUCAUUCGGCACUAUCGUGGGCGGCAUGGUCGCAUGCUUGCUGGCCUUCCUCUCCAUAACCACCGUCCUGGCCGAGUGUUUCGGCUUCGUCGAGUGGUCCCCCGUCGUCGAGACGCAUCGGUACGCGAGCAGCAGACAGACGCUCAUCAGAGCAGCGCAGUGGAGUAGAUGUGUGUGUGUCUGCUGUGUGUUGGGCAGGCUGUGGCAUUUCCUGCUGGGGGCGCUGCAGCUGGCCCCUCUGAUCGCCCUGGCGGCCCUCAAGUACGUCUUCAACACCAGCGAGCUGCAGACCUACUACCUGCUCAACUCGUACGGCGUGGCCCGGAGCCAGCUGCACAUGGGGCACGUCCGCAAGAUGCUCCAGAAGAUCCGCAUGGAGCAGAAACACCACUCCAAGCCGCAGCAGCACCAGCAGCAGCAACCGGGAACACCAGUCAACAACGCCAGCAACAACAACAACACGCCGGUCCAGACCCCCAAGAGCGACGCCGGGCGGGAGAUGGCUAUGGACGGCGUGUGCGACGACCAGCAGAGCGAGUCCCGGAUGCAGACCCCCAUUGCCAUCCGCUACCAGUACUCAUCAUCAUCUCCCGUGCCGACAGCGAUCACCUGUGACUCUGAGGCCGUGCCAGACGUCCCCGAUGACCCCCAGGUGCGCACGCCGCUGCCUGACACUGACACGCCGCAGAACAACGUCAGCGGCCAGGAUGACACCCCCCAGACAGCUGCAGGAGAGCCACAGCUAGCCCCAGACGAGCCGGAGACAUACGUCGACCAGCCACAGCCGCGGAGCCCCGAAGCAGCUGUGGACGCACCUGUUGACGCACCUCCUGAGGCAGAUCCUGAUGUCGAGACCCAGGCAGCACCAGCACCACCAGCAGAGGGUGGUGGGAUGGUGGUCGAGGACAUGUCAUUGGUGAUCGCAGACCGCGGCGAGGCCGAUGGCGCGUGUGUUGACGACCACGACUUGGACCGCCACUCGGUAGCUAGCAGCAUCACCAGUGACGGCGAUCUGAUGUCCUCAAAGCAGUCCGACAUGUUCGGCGAUUUGUUUGAGGAGGAGGAUGAAGAUGAAGAUGAGGAGACCCUCCACGACCCCGCUGUGCCACCGAACGACGGCCUUGCGCGUGAGAGCCCCGAGGCGUUGGUGGCGGGCAUGAUUGGUCGCGAGAGGGAGCGGCGUGCUGCGGAGCGCGCGAGGCAGGAGGAGGCCAUCGAGAGGGUCAUGCGGGAGGCCCGGGAGCGGCGGGAGAGGGAGGGGCCCGAGUCGGAUGAAGAGAGACACUGGUUCACAUGAUGACAUGACAUGAGAUGGGGCGGGCGGUGGGUGCUGACUGGGCGGUGAGUGACCUGGGCCUCCUUCAUACACACGUGUGGGUGGUGGGUCGCAUGCCCUGCGUACUCGGUUACCUGGGUUUUGCCUGCGAGCACUGACUGCAUGCCGUGUUAUGCUGCCGUGGCGUUCGUUCGGCCGUCCGUUGUUUUUGCUCCUCUCUUCGCUGUUGUAAUGCUCGGCCGGCCGGAGUCGGCUCGGCCGCUUUAUUUCAUUGUGGUAUCGUAACGUAGCCUAGCCUCCAUCCAUCCAGCCAUCCAUCCACCCACCUACCAUUCCAACCACCCUUCCAUCAGUCGCCGUGUUGUAAGAUUUAGAAGGCCAUGGGAUUUUCUUACUGAUCGAAGUUUGCGCUGCUGCUAAGUCGGUUCAUGCGUUGCCUUCAUGUGUUCAUGUGUUCAUGUGUUGUGCUGCGCUGCGGACAAGGUCGCCGGUCCUGCGCCAGCCACCCGGCCUCGCUCAUUUGGGUGCUGUGCUUUUCUUACUAAGACACAGACAGAAAACUGGGCUCAUGGUGCAUGUCGUCAUUACUACUGCGUGUGUGUGUGUUGGGUGGGUGUAAUUGCAUGUGUGUGUGUGUGUGUGUCUGUGCGUGUCUGUGUGUGUGUGAAGCCCGUAGCUAUGCUAGAGCUGUAUCGGCCACCAUUAACCAAGCAAGCAACCAAACAAGUGUAUGCGUGUUAUAAUGCUCCUCCCACGUUCGUUGUGUGUGUGCGUGUCAUGUCUGUCUGUGUUGUGGUGUCUGUCCUGGGUGUGCUGACUUGAGGUGUGCCCGCCUCAGGCGAACUUUUUGCAUAUCACCUACCUGCAUCCAUCCAUACGUACGUAUUUCUGCAUACAUACAAAAGAGAAAAGGGCGCUGUCACGGCACGGGCUGACAGACACUGACCGAUUGAAACAAGUGAAUUGCACACAGUCGCAUGCAUGUUUCCAUGUCCUUCUCUCUCUAUGUCUGGGUCUCGGUGUCUCUCUCUGUGUGUCUGCGUAUUUUCCUGACUGCUUGUAUGAUGGGGCCCACAUGAGUUGCAUGCCUGCCUGUGUGUGCUGUGUGUGGUGUGAACCGACCGACCCCUUUCGUACACCGCCCGUUUUUUGUAAGGCGUAGGCCUCUCGGCCGAUCGACGAUUUGAUGAUGCAGCUCCCUCCCUGUCUGUGUGCCUGUGUGUGCGCAUGUGCAUGUGUGGGUGUGUGUUGAUUUUGUUCCGUUUCACUUUUUGCGAGCGAGCAGAGCAUGCAAGCGGCGCAGCGCAGCGAAAGCCGGCAGGCCAGGCAGCCAAGCCAUUUUGUUAGUCUUAUCGUACGGUGUAUGUGUGUGUGUG